AUGCCUGAAAAAUUAAAAAUCGAAGACGAUGAAGAAAAAGCUAUGGUAGAAGCAGCUGAAGCGUAUGAACAAGCUGAAGCCAAGAAGGAGGAAGCCCGAGAGUUACGCAACCACACGCUGUCAAUUUUCAUUUGGGUGUGGCUCAAAAGGCGCGAAAAGUUUUCUGGUGAGAUUUUCGCAAUGGGGCGUCACAGGUACCGAGGAAAUGUGGACUCGGACGACUCGGACUCAAGUGACGAUGAGCCACGGCCGAAAAGGUCCGCGCCUGGGUCACCCCCAGUUUCGGCCGAGUCCGCUAGAAUCGCGAGACUUGAGCAACUUGUGGAAAACUUGAAUCGACGUUUGCUAAACCGCAAUUUUGAGCACACAUCAGGACAAGUUGGCAUUAAAAGUGACCUGAUUCCUGAAUUCGCUCCAGGAAACCCCAAUUUUAGUACCACUAAGUGGUUGCAUAAAAUUGACCAGUUGGCUCUCGUGAACGGUUGGGACGAACGUACAACGAUUUACGGCAUGAUAAGUCGACUCAAGGGGUUGGCCAAGGAGUGGUACGACAAUCUCGAUCCCUCAGCAUACGACCGGAGCUGGGAUGAAUGGAAACGUUUGUUACAAGCCACCUUCCCCGAUCACCACGAUUAUGCUUCCACACUUCGUAAGCUAGUGAAUAGGGUGAAGGAAGAUGGGGAAACCUGGGCACAAUAUUAUUUUGGGAAAUUAAAUCUGUUGCAGGCUUGUGACAUAACAGGAACGAAUGCAGUCUCCUGUCUUAUUGAUGGAAUCACUGAUGUGACUCUCAGAAAUGGGGCUAGAGCAGGGCGUUACGUUACACCCGAAAGCUUGUACGCUGAGUAUUUGUCGACUCUGAGAUCCGAAGGUGACAAGCGGGAUACGCUCGCAAAGCAGGCGCCUCGGGAAAGGAGGAGGUUCCUUCCAAGUCGAGUCGAAACACAAAAACUGUAUUCGUCAGUUCGGUGUUACAAUUGUCGUAAUCGAGGACAUGUUGCGACAAAGUGCCCGAAACCAAGAAUUGAGUGCAAGAAAUGGGGUCGCAUUGGACAUGUGGAUGCUGAGUGCCGACGUGGUAACGUAGUAAAAGAAAACAUGUCUAAGCAGGCACUAACGACAAGUGUAGCUGACGCAAGUAAUAAUAAGAAUUAUUACAUAGACAUUAAGGUCAAUGGUAAGCCGACGCGAGCUUACAUUGACUCAGGAGCUGAACCGGUCCUUGUCAAGCAAAGUGUUGCUAGAGAAUUGGGACUGAUGUGGCAGCCAAGUUUACAUUUGAUUCGUGGUUAUGGCCAGGGAAUCACCAAAGUGCAUGGGGAAGUCGAAGUAGAGCUAGAAGUGGAUCUUGUCAAGGCAAACGUAAAAGCUUUGAUCGUCGAAGACAGUGCACAACGUGUGCUUGUCAUAGUGGGACAGACCUUCCUGAAUGCGGGUGCUAAUACGAUUAUAGCAAAUGAGGAAGCUGUGAGAGUAGUUGACGGAAACAACGAAUCGAUCCAAGCAUUUCUAGGCCAACUUCCGACACGAAAAGUUGCACUUUGGGCGGAAGACGAAACAGUGAUCCCUCCUCAAUCCAUUGGUUGCAUACGAAUCAAGGCAAAAGACGAUGGGUGGAAAGGAACUUAUUACGUUGAAGGGUGUCAACGUCCGAGACCAGGGUUCGAACACGUUGUUCAUCGGUGUGUCACAUGUGAUGGAGGCCUAGUGACCGUUCGCAAUCUAUCGCACCAAGAUCUGGUCUAUCGAAAGGCGCAAAUCGUUGCGAGAGCUGAGCCUUGCGAGCAGGAAAGGACAGCUACGACGAAACACCGGUGGUUCCCCGAGGACGUGGAACACGGAAGCGUGGCCGACUGUUAAGUGAAGGGGGCGCUGCUGGUGAAAUUGGCGGGAAAUGAUGACGCGUGAGGCGCGUAUGGGCAACGCCUAG